AUGCCGAUGCCGACUCCUUUCGACUCAUUACCAAGCACAUCGACACUGAGCUGCACGCGCUUUGGCUAUGAAGGCAAUUCUGUCGGGGAGCAUGUUCUACCUAGACAGACCCUAGUCCAAGGACCCGAAUUCAACCCACGAGAAAUCAUAAACUGGGUUAACGUCUUCCUAAGUCCGCAAGACAUAACCUACAACGACGAAACGCUCAUGCUCACCGUCGCGACGUGUAUUCGCACUGGUGUCCCCGGUGAUCAUUAUACCAACAAGGCUUCCAUCUUUGCUGCUGCGGAUUUGCAGGCUGAUUGGUACAGGCAGGAGAUUCGUUUGCGGAAGUCGUAUAACUCUGUCCAAAUCCCCGCCCCCAAUCCUCCUGGUGUUGCCGAAAAGCCUUCCGAACAGGUCAAACCAGCUUUAGGGACUUCCAAUGCUGGCCCGGUCCCAGGCUUUUCCGAAUCUCCCAGUUCAUCAAGUGACGACCGCGAUAUUUGGGCUCGCGCAUAUAAAUUAUUACAGGAUCGAGAGCCCAAGUUGACGGAAGACUACACGAAGCACUUAGGCUCAAUGCGGCACAACAAGCCAGCAGACGCAAAUCUCUCAAUUCCGAAGUUACUCCAGCAGGUUGUGAAGCUGCUGCUGGAAGAGCGAGAGAAGAAGCAGUGGCGAGUUUCACUUCCGGGAAAGGAUGUGAAGAUACGAGAGCAAGUUGAGAAAUUGACCAAGUUUCUUCUCUGGGCCGACCCUGUCGUCCAGAAAGCGGUUAGCACUCAGCCAUAUGCAGCGUUAGCAUGGGCUGGAGUUUCGCUUCUGCUACCACUACUCUCGAGUGGCACAACAAGCAAUAUAGCAAUGCUAAAAGGCUUCAAUUCAAUUGACGAUGUUCUGAUCUACUGGGAUCUCUGCCGGAGGAAUUAUAUCUGUUCUAAGCAUAGAGAAGAGUAUCAAGAGCUCAUGGAGCCUUUGGCCAAGCUCUAUUCCCAUAUCCUCGAGUACCAGGCGCGUUCAAUAUGCCAUCUUUCCAAAGCUCAACUCUCCCGUGCAUGGGAGAAUAUGGCCGAUGGGGGCUAUUGGGAUUCAAUGACGACGGAAAUUGAGAGGUUGAGCAAGACUUGUAGUAGCUACAUCCAUCCUCUUGAGGCAGAGGAAAUUCGCAAAAACAGAGAUUCUCUGCUUCAGGAAAUGCGGGAGUCACGGAAUAACCUUGAUAAAAUUCGGAUGAUCUUGGAAGCGAAUGGGGUGCAGACCCAGAGGAAUUAUGAAGAUGAGAAGGAACGAGAGCUCCUUCAAAGCCUCGCCUCUGGCUAUGAAGAUGACAAAAAUUUCAACCCAAAGAGAGUCCAACACACAUGUGAAUGGUUCUUUCAGGACAACCAACUUCGAAAUUGGCGUGACAGCGAGACGUCUAGACUUCUCUGGAUAUCUGCUGGCCCUGGCUGUGGCAAGUCAGUCUUAUCGCGGGCUCUCAUCGAUGAAGACAGGCUUUCUACGAAUAUCACGACAUCCACGAUCUGCUACUUCUUUUUCAAGGAUGGAGACGAGCACCGCAUGUCUGCCACGAAUGCUUUGCGUGCAAUACUCCAUCAGUUAUUCACACACCAUCCCACCAAUGCCUUACUCCAGUACGGAACCUCAAGUCAUAGAAAAAACGGGGAAAAUUUGACAACGAACUUUUCCGAGCUCUGGCGACUUCUCAUACAAUGCGCCAACUCACGAGAGGCUGGGGAAAUCGUAUGUGUUCUUGAUGCCUUGGAUGAGUGCAAAAAGAAGGACUGGGAGCAAUUAAUUGACAAGCUAAGAGAAUUCUAUUCUCCAUCCGGGCAUUCGUCUUCGUCGAAACUCAAGUUUCUGAUCACUAGUCGCCCAUAUGAUGACCUGAUGGCAUCUUUCAACAAACUCCGUGAGGCAUCUUUCAACAAACUCCGUGAUACAGAUACCUACCUGCGUUUUGACGGUGGGGUGAAGCAUGCCGAGGAUAUUGAUCUAUUCAUUGAUGCCAAGGUGAAUCAAAUAGCCAGGCAUUUUCAGGAGCGCGACCGUCAAAUGAUUUCUAAACACCUCAAAGGCAUGGAGAAUCGCACAUACCUCUGGCUACAUCUUACGUUCGAUAUUAUUGAGCAAAGUCCGAGUCAAUAUGGUCGGCGAUCGGAUGUGGAAGCACUUCUUUCUGGCCUACCUUCCAAGGUCUCAGACGCAUACGAAAAGAUUCUGGACCGGAGCCAGGAUGAGAUUAAGACCGCAACUCUUCUCCAACUUGUUCUGGCUGCGGCACGACCACUGACGCUUGAUGAAGCCAACAUAGCCUUGACGAUGGCUUUGAAGGAGAAAUUCAGUUCGUAUGCAGAACUGAAGGAGAGCUUAUGGCCAGACGGGGACUUCGAAAAUAUCGUGAAGAAUCUAUGUGGUCUCUUCAUCAGCGUCUACGAUGGGAAGUUGUUUUUCAUUCACCAGACAGCGAGGAAUUUCCUCCUUGAAUCCCCUGAAGGAAAGUGGAAAGGGCAGUUUAACAUGACACGAUCACACAUGAAGAUGGCGCUGCUAUGUCUGUCAUAUUUGUCGUAUCUUGAUGAGCAAAGGCCAAUCGAGGAAAUCAGGUCCAACUUUCCAUUGGCGCAGUAUUGUGCUUCAUACCUGUUGGUACACGCACGGCCUGCGGAGACAGAGAAGGAUGUGAUGGACGCUCUAUCCAAGUUCUUCUUCGAGCGAGGUCAAGCAUAUACAGCGUGGGGCAAGCUCUUUGACCCAGAUCGGCCUUGGCACGAUGAGCCGUUUCGGUGUCACCCCAUGGCUACUCCAUUUUACUACGCAUCUCUAGCAGGUCUUCAACGCACAGUUCGACUUUUCGCAGAGAACGGCGCUGGGGUCAGCGCCCAGGGUGGCCGUUUCGGAAAUGCUCUCCAGGCGGCGUCAUCUGAAGGCCACAAGGAGGUCGUGCAGUUGCUACUAGAGAAGGGUGCUGAGAUCAACGCGCAGGAUGGUUAUCACGGAACUGCUCUCCAGGCGGCUUCAUAUGGAGGCUAUCAGGAGAUUGUGCAGCUGUUGUUAGAUCAGGGCGCUGAGGUCAACUGCCAGGGCGGCCAUUAUGGAAAUGCCCUCCAGGCGGCUUUAGCUUCAUCUAGAGGCUAUAAGGAGAUCGUGCAGUUGCUAUUAGAGAAGGGCGCUAAGAUCAACCCGCAGGGUGGCUUUUACGGAAAUGCUCUCCAGGCGGCUUCAUAUAGAGGCUAUCAGGAGAUUGUGCAGCUAUUGUUAGACAAUGGCGCUGAGAUCAACUACCAGGGCGGCCAUUAUGGAAAUGCCCUCCAGGGGGCUUCAUCUGGAGGCCACAAGGAGAUUAUGCAGCUGUUGUUAGACAAGGGCGCUGAGGUCAACUCCCAGGGUGGCCGUUCUGGAAAUACUCUCCAGGCGGCUUCAUUGAAAGGCCAUAAGGAGCUCGUGCAGUUGCUAUUAGACAAGGGCGCUAAGGUCAAUACGCAGAGUGGCAGGCUCGGGAAUGCUCUCCAGGCGGCUUCAAUUGGAGGCCACAAGGAGCUCGUGCAGUUGCUAUUAGACAAGGGUGCUGAGAUUAACGCGCAGAGUGGCUAUCUUAGAAAUGCCCUCCAGGCGGCGUCAUUCACAGGCCACAAGGAGGUUAUGCAGCUAUUGCUAGACAAUGGCGCUAAGAUCAACUACCAGGGCGGCUAUUAUGGAAAUGCCCUCCAGGCGGCUUCAUCUAGAGGCCACAAGGAGGUUGUGCAGCUAUUGUUAGACAAUGGCGCUGAGAUCAACUACCAGGGCGGCCAUUAUGGAAAUGCCCUCCAGGCGGCGUCAUUCAAAGGCCACAAGGAGGUUGUGCAGCUAUUGUUAGACAAUGGCGCUGAGAUUAACUGCCAGGGCGGCCAUUGUAGAAAUGCCCUCCGGGCGGCGUCAUCCAAAGGCUACAAGGAGGUCGUGCAGUUGCUGUUAGACAAGGGUGCUGAGGUCAACGCGCAUGGUGGUUAUUACGAUAAUGCUCUUGAGGCGGCUUCAACUGGAGGCCACAAGGAGAUAGAGCAGCUGCUAUUGGGUAAGGGUGCUGGCUUCAAGAAUUAG